AUGAAAAUAGAAAAUAUUAUUCAACAAAAUCCAAUUCUAUCUCAAUCGAAUCAAGAUUCACGAUUAAAUCGUUCAUUAGAAACAAGUCAAGUUGUUGCGGUUGCUGCAUCUAUUAAUUUAAAAAAUCUUCUUUCUUAUCAAGAUGUUAUGAAUGCAAUUGAACGUGAUUAUCAUUUACAUGAAGGACAAGAACGUGAAAUAAUUAUGAAAUUAUGGUUAAAAGGACAAACAAUGAUUGCAAUUUUACAACAUUUUAGAUAUUUAUUACAAGAUCUUAAUAUAGAUGAUAAAGAUUUUUCUGAAGGAUUAAAACAAAUACGUGAAAAACUAAAUUAUGCUCAUCGUGAUGUAUAUUAUCUUCAAGAAAAAAAUCUUAUACUUGAAAAUCAAAAUAAUUUUCUUGAAAAUGAAUUUAAACGACAAUUAGAUAAAAUAAUUGAAGAAAAAAAUGAACAUAUUAAUCGACUUAUACAUGUUAUUGAUUAA